GUGUGCUACCGAAAGCCCCAGCACAUUAUCAUGGUAAUUGCGAAGGGAGGAGGUUUAAAGGGGAGGUUUCGGUGGCUACACAUUUUAAAAAACGAGGUCACAAGCAUCUUAUAUUACCCGCUUGCCAGCCAGCGCCCCCCCCAUCACCACAAGCUAUUGGAAAAGAGUGAAGAGACUGAAACUGCCUUUGGAGGCCACUGAAACUUUUCGAAAUAGCUUUUACUGUGCGUGGGAAAUAACCUACGCUUUAGCACCAAAACAUGACUGCCUUCAGCAACUCCAGCAGUGGAGCAGAGAAGAACUUCAACACUAAAGAGGAACGGAAGCUUCGAAAACCACUGAUAGAGAAGAGACGCAGGGAACGCAUCAAUUCAAGCCUAGAGCAGCUCAAGGGGAUUAUGGUGGAUGCCUACAAUUUGGAUCAAUCCAAGCUGGAGAAGGCAGAUGUUCUUGAGAUAACUGUGCAACACAUGGAGGGUCUUCAGAGGGGCCAUGGACCAGCUGGAAGCCAAGGGCCCAGCAUGGCCUUUGAGUCACGCCAGCGUUACAGCAGUGGCUACAUCCAGUGCAUGCAUGAGGUGCACAAUUUGCUCCUCAACUGCCCUGGCAUGGACAAAACCCUGGGGGCCCGUCUAUUGAACCACCUGCUGAAGUCUCUGCCCCAGAUCAGCGGCGAGAGCGGGGCCAGCAUUGGCUCUGCAGCGUCCAGCAGCACUGUUCCCACCUCCCCUACCCAGUCCCCUCUUUCUCUGCCCUCUUUUCAACCCCGCCCUCUCCACCUACACACCCCUCCCUCCCCUGUGACCCCUCCCUCACCCAGCAGCCCUCACUGCUCUCCCAGGGUGCUCCUGCCGAGAGAGGGGGGUGGCGUCAGGCCCCGGGGGCAGUCAUCCCCACCCAGGUCUCCCUCCCCCACCCCCCAGCCUCCUGCACAAGCAGCCCUUCCCCCAUUCUUCCCAGGAGGCGACCCCUCUAUGUGGAGACCGUGGUGAGAGCACAUAACCCUCCCCCGUCUUUCCCUCACCCGCCCCCUGCUUCCACUGUUCCCUAAUAGUGUCCAUUACAUCCUCAUCUCCUGGGAUGUUUGAGUGCUGAGACUUUUCAUUCAGAGAGCACAAGGGGUCACCAAUAUAAUAGUAGGUCUUGAAGCCCCCUGGGGGCUUUAUGGCAUCGUCUGAAGUGCUAUUCUGUGUGCCUGAUUUAUCAUGGUAUGUGCUUGUUUGGAGAUUUGAAAAACAAAAGGGAACCACUGCCAGGGUUGCUCAAGUAGGAACAAGCACGUAAAAGACUUUUCUCGCUUAAUCACACUGCUGUUACUUUUUUGUAAGCCUGGAAUGAAUGUACUUUGCCCAAGUUUCUUCCUGUUUUGAAAUCCAUCUUUCUUUGCAUGCUUCUUCUUCUUCUUCUUCUUCUUUUUAUCUUUUCCCUAAUGUUUCCUUUUUUUUUUAAGGGUUAGUGUGGCCUUUUGCAUUUUAUACUAUGCAUAUAAUGCAUGUAGUGUAGGCUUUGUGUUAUGAAAUAAUGGACAUACUUAUCUCCUUCAGCAUGAAACUAAACAGUACUCACUGAUCCACAGUGAUGCAGAGCAGAAGAAGAAAAUGGAGGAGUUUUUUUUUUUAAAGUACUUCAUCCUUGUAUAUUACAAGAGAAGCGUGAAACUGGUACCUCAUAUUGAAGCAGCUGAAACUGAUUUUCUUCUUUAUUUCUUUGAGAUCCAUCGUAAGUUCU